AAUCUUUUAUCAGCUGGACUUUUUCCCCCCUCAUUUGUAAUCCUGGUCAAUUCUUUACUUCGAUCUAUCAAGAAGGUCACUGCGGAUACAGUGAGGAGACCGAACUGCACAAUUAAAGCAUGCUUCUAAAGAUGAAGCCAGUCUCAUGGGAUACACAUGUUUUGUCCCCAUGACAGCUAUGUCACUCAGCCCUCACUGUGGUGACCCCUGCACAGCAAAGGAUGCUGGGAAAUAAUGAGCACUUUUAUCCCGGUCAGGAUGACAAAGAUGGGGAGGAUGAGGAGGAGGAAGAGGAGCUGGGGAGAGAAAAGAGAAAAGGGGAAGACGGACGUGACACGGAGAAUGGAGAGUUAGAGGCCCUAGAGAAGGAGAUGACAAGCCGACAAUCUUGGGAGGGCAAAGGUGGCGAGGUGGUAAAACCAUCGGCCAUUGUGGUUGGUAGACGGAGAGUUGACCGGCCACGGAGGCUGAGCAACCUGGGGAGCCUGGGCAAUGUUUACAUGUCCGAUCAAGCCCCUGUGCAUCAUCAACCACCCAGCAGGCAGCCACAACAUCAUCAUCCAGGUCUUAGUGCACUGCAGAAGAGACGCGCUCUCAUGGAACGCAGCAUGACCACAGUAGCACCCCUGGAAGACACUUUCCUCACCAUGAUGGUGUUUCGCAUUGGCAUUCCUGACAUCAAGCAAACGAGGUGUCUCCAGUUUGACCCGGACUCCUCAGUGUGGAAUGCAAAACAGCAGAUCAUCUGUUCUCUCAAUGAGUCAUUAUGGGAUGUCUACAACUAUGGUCUCUUCCAACCAGCUGGAGAUGGAAGGGACGCCAAGUUCCUUGAAGAGGAGCGGGCCCUACGAGACUACGCUCAAACUUUUGAAAAAGGGGUGCCUUACCUGGAGUUUAGGUACAAAACCAGAGUGUAUAAACAGACAAAUCUGGAUGAAAAGGUUCUUGCCAAACUCAGCACAAAGACGAGUCUGAAGAAGUUCCUGGAAUACAUUCAGGUCAGAGCCGUGGAGAAAAUAGCAAAGGUGCUCGAUAAAGGACUUGAUCCAAACUUUCAUGAUCCUGACAGCGGAGAUAUCCCGCUGUCCAUGGCCGUGAAGUCAGGUCUCCCACUGGAGGGCAUCCGAGCGCUGGUUCAGGGCGGCGCUCACUUGGAUUUCAGAAGCAGAGAUGGUUUGACAGCUGUGCACAAAGCUGUGAGGUGUCAGAAUCACACUGGGCUACUGGCUUUGUUGUCAUUAGGAGCAUCUCCAGACUAUAAAGACCGCUGUGGCCUAACCCCACUGUACCACACAGUGUUGAUAGGGGGCGAUACUUCCUGUUGCGAGACCUUGCUGUACUACAGGGCAAAGCUGGGAACAAGGGAUGAGAACGGCUGGGAUGAGUUCCAUCAGCACAGGGAUGAAGAGGAGUAUGGAAUGGAAGAAAUACAUAAGGCUUGCCAGAACGGCUUUGCCCAACAUUUGGAGCAUCUCCUGUUUUAUGGGGCAGAUAUUACUUCUCAAAAUGCCUCAGGCAACACAGCACUUCACAUUUCUGCUCUUUACAAUAAGGAAAGUUGUGUUCGUGUUCUACUGUACCGGGGAGCCAAUAAGGAGGCAAAGAACAAACACGGUCAGACACCUUUUCAGUUAGCUGCAUUGUCUGGUCACUUUGAACUCGGGGAAAUCAUUAAAAACCAUAAAGACACUGACAUAGUGCCCUUUUUGGAAUCACCAAAGUAUGUUCCCAAGCGAAAGGACAGCGCCUUCACAUUGCCUUUCUCCUCUCUCCAUUCUCACCCCCUACUCCGUGCUAUGAGCGAUAACACCAUGACCCAGUGUGACCCCCUGGCCCUGCCUAUUAAAGCUGCAACCAAUCCUAACCCGGUACAGGAUCAACGCAGGGCCUCCAUAGGUGUGAGGAGCUCCAGCAGCCCCAGAGCUCGUACUCGCUCCCCAUCCAGAGGGAGAGGCGGCCAGAGCGACACGGAGGAGAGGCACCGACAGCCACGAGGGAGACAGGGUGGAGCAGGUAGCAGGGGAGGUCAGGUAAAACAUAUGUACACUGCAGUUCCAGGGCGGGUGUAUGUGGCCACUCGUGCACACUCUGCUAGUGGAGACAGAGAACUUACCCUCAACAAAGGAGAUAAAGUAAAAGUGUUAAGCGUAGGUGAGGGAGGAUACUGGGAGGGGACAGUGAAAGGACGUACAGGAUGGUUUCCCUCAGACUGUGUGGAAGAAGUGGCGUCUCACACCAAGGACAAUCGAUCAGAAACACGAAGUGAGAAAGCCAAGAGGAAGCUUUUCCGUAAUGUCACUGUGGGAGCCUACGAUGGCAUCGAUGGCCCCAGUGACUACAUCAUUAAGGAGAAGACUGUGCUCCUACAGAAGAAAGACAAUGAGGGCUUUGGCUUUGUACUCAGGGGAGCCAAAGCUCAGACACCCAUAGAAGAAUUCACUCCAACGCCAGCGUUCCCUGCGCUGCAGUACCUGGAGUCUGUCGAUGAGGGGGGUGUGGCUUGGAGGGCGGGUCUUAGGAUGGGCGAUUUCCUCAUUGAGGUGAACGGCCAAAAUGUGGUGAAGGUUGGACACAGGCAGGUGGUCAACAUGAUCCGACAAGGCGGCAACAGCCUCAUGGUUAAAGUUGUGAUGGUCGCUCGAAACCCUGAACUGGAGGACACGGGCAGGAAGAAAGCCCCACAGCAGACUAAAAGGCUGACUCCUCCUGCCAUCGCCCUGCGCUCCAAGUCGAUGACAUCAGAGCUGGAAGACAUGGUGGACAAAACUGCCUCUCCAUGGAAGAAGAAAGCAGAAUACGAGUCCUCUCAAGGUCCUGAUAAGAAACGGACAGUUUAUCAGAUGGCUCUAAACAAACUGGAUGAAAUCUUGGCUGCUGCCCAACACACCAUUACGUCAGACAACCAAGGCCAAAGAGGUCAUGGAGGCAAAAAGGACCGAAGCAAGAGUAUUGUCCCCACAGUCUCCAGUGAGCCAACCUAUGAGCAGCAGUCGUCAGGAAGCAUGGUUCAGCCUGGACAAGGUUUUGGCUACAACCAAGCCCAUUUUCAGCCAGGGCAUGGUCCUCAGCAUGCAGUCAUGAUGCGUCAGAAAUCUAUUGGUGUGACAGAAGAGGAAAGGCAGUUCCUUCACCCACCUGCCAUGAAGUUGGCUCGAAGCCUGUCAGUGCCAGGACCAGAGGAAAUUCCGCCACCACCUAAUACAUCUGCCCCGGAUCCACCUCUGUCUGCAGGUCCACAUUCUGGGAGAGGGCCUGCUAUGCCUACACCCCCUGUAUCUCAACCUCAUUACCAGCUCCACUCCCAGCAAGGACAUCCUUCUCAGGCAGGACAUCCUUCUCAGGCAGCCUGGGAGCAGGGAGGGCCUAGUGGGAUGAACCAACCGGUCACGGUCCCUACCCUUCGCAGACCAUCAGAAGGAAUAUGUGUCAGGGAACCAGAGAUGCCUAGGAGAGAUGGGGGCAAGAUGGGUGGGUUAAGGAGAGGCUACAGCAGUGCUACACCACCAACAAGUGCGAAACCUAAGACCCAACAGGCUCCACCACAUCACCCUCACAUGGCCAACCGAGAACAGGGUGGAGGUGUUGGCAGGGGGGCAGCCAGGCGAGGGGGUCGAGGAGCUCUAAUGAAGCAGUCAAAAGUAGAAGAUGGGCUGAGACAACACAGGGGCAAAGGAGGUGCAGCCAAGGAGAAAAGUUCCAUCCCCAUCCCCACUAUCAUAGUAAAGGCUCCCUCCACCAGCAGCAGUGGCCGAAGCAGCCAGGGUAGCAGCAUAGAGGCUGACCCAUCCCAGGACAUAGAUGACCCCAACUCUGCAGAUGGAACCCCAGACAGCUCCAACACCAGCCUCCCCUCACCACUCAAUCCUUCACCACCUCAGCCUUCCGUCUCUACCACCUUUCCUCCAUCAACUGUUACAUCUUCUGUUUCCUCCCAACAACACAGCCUGGAAAACCUGGACCAUAGCACAGCAUUCGGUACAACCUUUGGAGGAGCACGCAGGGAAAGAGAACGUUUCCGAGACAUGAGAAGAAAGAGUGCUUCUUUCUUUCUCUCUUCUGAGGAGGACAUCCAAGGAGAAGCAGGGGGAGGAGCAGAGGAGGGAGGAAGAACCCUAGGGGCUAGAAAUCAAGGUUUACAGGGAUCUCAAAUGGAAAUGCCUACCCCUCGCCUCCGGCCCUCAAAGUCUAUAGAUGAGGGAAUGUUUUCUGGUAAUAACUAUAUAAACUAUUCUAGCAGCAUGCCCCCAGCAUUUGGACUGCCUGAGUAUUCCUCCCCUAUCUUGAGUCAAGAUGGCCAGCACAAGUCAGCUCCCUCUAUAUACGGGCCUCAACCCACCACCACUUUCAUCCAUCCCCUUACUGGGAAAGUUCUAGACCCCUCAUCCCCUCUUGGCCUGGCCUUAGCCGCAAGAGAAAGGGCUCUGAAGGAUGACCGCAGGACACGCAGAGAUGAGAGACAUUUUGGUCGGCAGAUGUCGACAGUAGGCGCAUUCCCUACACCUCUGCAGACCCCUACACCUUCCCUUUUUACAACCCCCACACAGUCUGCCUACACUUCACCCGUCUCCCUCCACCUGAGCUCCCCCAGCACCACAACGUCCCCUGCAUCUCUCAGCCGGCCACAGUCACCAAGGAUAUUAAGAUUGGGAGGAGGUGGUGGAGAGAGAGUGGAGAAAGAAAAGGAGGGAGGACCCAGAGAGGGCCUUAGAGUUCGCUUCUCGGAAGACAGAAACAGCCAGUAUUCACCCCAGUAUUAUCCACAAAACUCUAGAGAGAGAGAAAGAGAAAAAGAGUUGUAUGACAGCAGAUCGGUUCCAUCCGUACACCCUCCUCCACCUCCGUCUCAGCCUGCUCCUCGCAGACCUUCAUUUUUACAAAUGGAGAGCACUACCAGCACCAACUAUAUCCCACAGUACACCGUACCCACAGCCCCAGCACAGACCCAGGAAUCUAUGGGAGAGGCAAGUCAAGGAACAAGUGGGGGUCUUGGACUUAUGGUUCUCCCUCCACCAGCUCCUUCAAUAGAUGUAGAUGAUGAAUUUGUUUUUGCAGAUCCCUUGCCACCACCCUUACAGUUUGCUAAUGGUAAGAAUGAGAGAGUCCAGGAUUAUCCCCAGCAGCAAGAACAUCCAAGUCAAAACUCUGCUGCUGCAGCUGCUACACCACCUCCACCACAGCUCCCAUCAUCUAAAUCUUCACAUGUCCCUCAACCAUCUCCACAAGGUGGUGACUCUGCCGCCUCCAGCCUUACCUCCUAUGACAGUGAGGUUGCCAACCUUACACAGUCAGCUAUUUCUUCAUCCUCACCACAUGUAUUUCCCCCUGCCUCCAAUGCAACAACUACUUCCUCUUCUAGUGGUCCUCUGCCUGCUACAUCAAUACACAGACCCAAACCUGUGUCCCAUUCUCAUUCUUACUACAGUAGCUCCAAUGACUCCUCAGUAAGUGGCCACACCCUGGAUCAAGACAAAUGCACGGCUGCCCUCACAACCACAGAGAGCUAUACUACCAUGACAAUGACAGACACUGCUGCUGCUGGUAGCAUCACCACAAUGUCUCCAGCAUCUUCUGAAUACAAUGUGACCAUGGCUGGGGAAAAAACAGGCCUCAGCACAGUGAGCAAAGGGGUGUACCAAACCUCUCAUCCUUCUGUUACAACUAAAACUGGAGACUGGCAAGAUACAGUGGUAGACUCUGGGAUUGAGGAGCUGGAUAGUCAUAGUAGUAGUGACCACCAUUUAGAAAUGUUGGGCGUUAGUGGGCUGAGAGGAGACAGGGAUGGAGGUGGAGGAGAAGGGGAGAAAGGAGUUGAUCACCAGGAUCUCUGUAUAACCUAUUCAGGCGGCCAAACAUUUGAGGUACAAAGUAUCAAAAUUGCUAACCCUAUGUUUCCAAAGAUGACUCAAUACAAAGAGGGUGGAGGGAAGCCAUUAGUGCUCCGUAGGCAAAGCAACACCAACCCUGCUCUCUUGCAGUUGCAAAGACGAAGCAAUCCAGAAGACACCAUGCAAGAUAGUAAUGUGAUAGAUGAAAGGAUUUGCAAGCAAAGCCGACCAAAAAUUGAAGAUGGCUUUAGCUCCACCCUUACUGCCUGCUUAGAGAGGCCCAUGGAGCCUCGUUCUGUUGCCUGGGGUGAGGUUCUGGAGCAUGAGGAAGAUGAUGGUGGAAUCCAGAAAAGCAGUAUGGUGGCUUUAGAAGGCCGUAGGCUGCACUCACCUCUUUCAGGAGUAAAGGCCAGCAUCAUCAAUGAACUAAGUUCCAAGCUGCAACAAAUGAGUAGCAUGAAGAGCAUCGACGAGUGGGGCCACACCCCCAAGUCACCCACCAUGCAUAGGUUUUCUGCAGAUUUCACUGAUGUAUUUCACAGUCCCUCAACAGGGCGAUCCACCUCACCCUUACCCACAUCCUCUCCACAGCAUCACCAGAUCUUCGCACCAAAUCUGUGUGCCACGGCCUCUGCCUCCCCUUCUCCUCAAGUCCCAAUUCAACGCAGCUGGGCUCGCUCUCCAUCUCCACUGAUGCCUUCAUCCCCAGUUCAUUCCCAUCCUCCCCAUUCCCCAACUUUUUGUCCAUACCCAACAUCACCCAAGCAUAGGUCCAAGUUCCGCAGGCAGACUUUUGACUUUCAGUGCAGUCCUACGAAGGAGAUGCGUUCUUCUGUGGCCCGGCGCCGUGCUCCUAGCCCCCUUAUCUAUAACACAGAACAGCCAAACCCUACUCCUCCCAGACCCUCCUCUCUCCCCAUUCUCCCCAGUACACCCAUCUACAACAAUCCUUUUGACUUUCCCUGUCCUCUCACUCCUCCUUCUCCUAGCCUUCCUCUAGGAGAAACUUACAAGGUAUCCACCCCUCCAUUGUUCUCCCCAUCAGGUGUUCCAAGUUCAAAUCCCCUACUUGCUUCCCGCUCCCUGUCUCCCACCCAUUUUUUCUCUGGGGCCUCCUCUCCCAUGCACUUGCCCCCUAGCCCUUCCUGCCUCAACUAUCCCCACCUGACUCCACCUCCACCAGCCAAGCCCUUUGCCAUCAAGCCCCUGCCCUACUGGACCAAAUAUGACGUGGCAGACUGGCUGGCUUACCUAAACCUGGGUGAGCAUAGAGAGCGUUUUAUAGACAAUGAGAUUGAUGGAUCUCAUCUGCCUUCGCUCACCAAGGACGACUUCUUAGACUUGGGAGUGACACGUGUGGGACACCGAAUGAACAUCGAGAGGGCUCUGAAGAAACUCACUGACAGGCGACUCUCCUCUCCUUUGCAUGUCACUUCUUCUCCCCGAGACACAGACUGAGACAGUGAAGGAUGAGGUGAUUCAAAGAACAGAGACAGGGAGAGAAAAAAAAAUUGACAAGGAACAAUAACAGAAGAUGUGCAAGAGAAGAAUAGUGGAUACCAACACGCUUUGUGGAAUUACAGCUCAUGGGGGGAAAUUCUCGUCGUCUCACAAAUUUGUUAUACUUUUGUUUUGUUAUUUGCGGACUGUCUACUGCUCAGAAAUGGAUACAAAUUAAGAUUGUCAUGACAUAACAUUUAAACUGAGCAUACACUUUAAAUCUUAUUUUUGGUGGAUAGGAAUAUAAUUAACUGACAAGGUUUUGUGCUGUAGAAAUCAAACUCAUAUUCUCAC